UCGUGGGCGUAGCGGCUCCUUGUAAUGGCGACCGUGCCGUAGAUGUGCCCUAGGUUUGUGAAAAUGAAGCGAAGAAGAAGUUAUUUCUUUUAAGUAAAAAAAAAAAACAAAAAAAACAACGCCGAGGUUUCCCCCCGGAGGAGGACUUUGCUGUCUACAACCAUCACCUUUCACAAGUGGUAAACUUAGCUGUACUUUUGAACUUUUUGUGCCCUUUUGAAAUGAUGAAGCUCAAGUCAAACCAAACCCGGACGUACGACGGGGACGGGUACAAGAAGCGGGCCGCCUGUCUGUGCUUCAGGAGCGAGACGGAGGAGGAGGUGCUGCUGGUGAGCAGUAGUCGACAUCCUGACAAGUGGAUAGUACCUGGAGGGGGAAUGGAGCCCGACGAGGAGCCCAAUGUUGCUGCAGCUCGAGAAGUGUGUGAAGAGGCCGGUGUGAAGGGGACUUUAGGCCGCUUAGUUGGAGUAUUCGAGAACCAAGAGAGGAAACACAGAACCUACGUCUAUGUUCUUAUUGUAACAGAGGUGCUGGAGGACUGGGAGGACUCGGUCAACAUUGGGAGAAAAAGGGAAUGGUUUAAAAUAGACGAUGCCAUACAAGUGUUGCAGUGUCACAAGCCUGUGCAGGCCACCUACUUCGAGGCUCUCCAGGAGAGUUGCCUGACCAGUAACGGAACACCUUUGGUGGCCACGAUAGGUGGGGACCUCUCCCCUACCUACAGCAUCAAUCAGAGCUCCGUCUCGGGUAUCAGAUAACUAAAACCAUAACUCUGACACCCCCAGGAGCUUUCGCCACCACUUGCGCUCUUACUUGUGUCAUGUCAUUUCUCUUCUCUUCUUUCUUUUUUUGUCUCAAUAACAUGGUUUGCCUUGCCAACUCCUUUGUGCCAGAACUGUGGCACAGACUUGAUGACAAGUGUUGGGUGAAUAGUCUGAAACACUUUGUAAAUGUAACUGUAAUUUUUGACCCCUCUUUUUUUUCUUUUUACCGACAACUGCAUGAAAUGUCCCCACGUCCCCUCUCUCUCCCCUCAUUCUCUUUCCUUAACGCGCCCAUAGCGUGGUGUUUAUUGAAUGCAAGAACUACUUUUUACUGUUGUAAUGUAAAAGUGUAUACUUAGUGCUUAAGCUGAAGGCUUUUGGUGGUCUUUUUAACGUUUUCUCCAUUUUUCUUUAAUUUUUCUGUGAAUGAAUGUGCCCAUUAGUGUACUCCCGCCCCCCCC